GGGAUUUUACCAGAAAUUUCAGAGAAGCUGGAGAAAUCUUUGUUCAAAAGGCCGUGGACAAGGAUGAAAACCACUGCUGGAAGGCCAUGAUCCUCAGGUUGCAUUGCAUGAAGAACUCUGUUGUGCAAAUCACUGCACGGACUUAAAAUAACUUUAAAAACCAUGAACACCCGAUUCAUUGUGUGCCAACAAAUGCAGGCUAAGGCUAUAUCAUGUUAAGAGGAAACCAUACAAAGACAUGAUCCAGAAAUGCUGGUGACAACUCUGGACCCAUGCUCAGUCAAGAUGAACUGAAAUAAACUGGGAACUGUCAUGUGAUCAGUUUAAUCAGAAUUUGACUUUCUCCUCUUCAACAUUCAGUUUAAAUGCCAAUGUUCAGCAUGGCAUUGUCAUUUACAAGUGUCCAUGUUAUGGGUGACUUACACACAUCUGGGUAGUGUGUUUGGGGCUCCUUUUUCUACUGUAUAUCUGUCAUAUGAUUGUAUGAAUCCUAUGUUUACACCUCAGUUGAGUACAUGUGUGAAACAAAGCAAAACAGAGUGUUAGUCUCGAAUGUAAGAGAAGGGAGUAAUUUCCAUGAAACACCAAUUCUCAUUCAUUUUCUAUCAAAAUAACAACACCCAUGGACAAUUAGAUUUUCUUCUGUUAAAAAAUGUUUUGGAGUCAAACCACUGAAGACGAGAAAAGCAAUGGAUUUUUCUUUUUAAUGCACCGUUUUCUCGUGAUCAUGACUUAUUAUCUUGCUAUAACGAAAUUGUUUCUUGUAACAAUAAAUUAUUGUUUGCGUUGUAUAAUUAUUGUUUUCUCAUCAGACUUUAUAACCCUUUUUUUAAAAAGUCAAUGACUUGAGACAUGAAAAAUGAGACUCCAGACAACUGAAUUUCCCUUCAGGGGACAAUAAAGUUCUUUUUCUUAAUAGGUGACCAUGUCAAAAGAUAGUGGUUCAUACAAAAUGUUAACAUGUUCAAAAAGUGAAGGGAAACUUUUCUUUAAAAUCUAACAGAAGGCAGAUUCAGAUUCAAAGCACUGAAGUCAGUUUUAUUUCACCUGUGCUCCAUAACAAGUCAUACUUGUUAUGAGGUCAUAUGUUUUCAGGCAACAUAGUCUGUUAAUGGUAGGAGUGUUUGUACAAAAAUUAAUUGGAGGCAAGUUUUAGUUGUGAGUGAACAUGUUUGCGUGCACUGGCUGAUUGCCAGUGGUAUUUGUCUGUGUGUAUGUUAUGUGGUUGUGCUGUAACUUCAUGUCUUGUGUGUUUUUUUGUGCUUCUCGCUGCAACCCAAUUUGCCGUCUGGGGACAUUAAAAAAAAUUGAAUCCUAAUCUGACAUGUAACAUUUGUUCUGCUGAAUCACUGACUUAAAGAUAUAUUCAAAUAAACUUUUUAAAAACUAACACAAUAUAUUUUGCUCUAAAAUGCAGUCAUUUUGCAUACCAUUGAUGGGAGCAUUGACUACAAGAAUCCCACGAAUAACUUGAGUGAAAGUAUCUUGAACAAAAGCCAAACACUGCGCGUCCUUCUAGCAGCAUCACCAUGGAGAUGAAAAUGAAUAUACAUAGAUAAUGGAGGUCAUUAGUCCACAGGUGAACUCAUGGCCUUCAUUUACUGACAUUCAGAGCAUUCAAGACUUUAACUACACUAAAUCCUCAUUUACUGUUUGUCUGACUCAUAAACUGAACAUUACUAAAAAUGUGCUUGUACAGUCUGCGGUCCUUUCAAACCUCAUAAUUACAUAAUUGGAGGACACACCUGUUACUGUCAGGCAGCCACCUACAAUCUUAUCUGAGGCCUCACCUGAGAUAGCCUAGGAAGUGUACAGGAGAAAAACAAACAAGUGUGAUGGCCGAGGACUUGUGCAGCAGAUGAUUAAACUAACCUCAAAUAACUUGGUUUAUGUUUUCAGGACUGCAGAGGCCAUAUAUUAUUCACAUAUUUUGAUUUUUUCUUAUGUUAGAUAUGAAAAUUGAAUAUUUCAGACAUUUAAGCUUCACAUUCUGAGUGACGCUUAGCAUGAACAAGUGUGUGUGUGUGUGUGUGUGUGUGUGUGUGUGUGUGUGUGUGUGUGUGUGUGUGUGUCGUUCAAAAACAAAAGAACUAUUUUUUUCCUUAACAUGAAGAAACCUCAAUAACAAUUCAUGCAGCCAUAUUAUUAUUACAACAACAUUCUUUAGCAAACAUUAAACAACUCUUCUUUAACGUUGAAACAAAUACAAAACAUAUAUGAUUAGGAGUUAGAAAAGCAUUUGGUAUUUUAUUUUCAUCUGCUUGGCUUUUGAUGGUACAGGUUCUUUCUUCCGCUUUGUGGGUCUUCUGUUAAAAAAAAUAUCUGGCGCACCCUAGUGGACAUGACUUGGACUUACACUUUGAUUCUGCUGUUAACUUAAAGACGGCGAAUCAAGCCAAUGGGAGGUCAGUACACGUCGAGCCAUAAGAAUGAUAACAAAUUACCGAAAACUGUAGUUGUGAUUAGUUACCAUAGGUUAUUUGAUAUGUUUUACAGACAUAGUCUCAUAAACUCUUAAAUGUUGGCAAAAUUUGUACCAAACAGAAAUCAGAACCAGAACAAAAAUCUAUAUCAAAAUACUUUAUUUAGCACGAGGACCUAAUUCAGUCUUCAAACUUACUCUUGAAAACACAAUCAACAAUAGAAAAGAAUAGAGAUAGGAAUGUAAGCUUUAACAGUGAAGUCAAUUCAGAUAUUUCUGUUAACUAUUACAGUUACAACUGUGACAUGUGAUUAGAGUUGUGCAGGAUGUUAGUUUUUGGAUUAUGUUUUGGUUCAUGACAAAAUGGCUGAAGAGUAAAAGUGCUGUUAAGAAAGUUAUCCCUCUCCAUCCUGCUUUGCUCAUCAUUAGUUAUUAUUCAACCACCUAACAUCGAACCUUCACAUUACAGGAAUAAGAUUAAAUAAAUAAGAAAUUAAAACAGUUAGUUCAAAUUAGACUUAAAUGGCCCAAUAAAUUGUUUUUAUGCAUUAUUUUUUUAAUGAAUAAUAUAUGAUCAAAAGCACAGAUCAAGCGUUAAAAUGCACACUCUUACAGGGGCCUUUUAAACUUAAAAUAAUUUGUAAGUCAUAAGAAACAGAGAAAACGACCUUGGUAAGUUGCUGAGCAAGACGUUUUAAAGUCAAAUUAAAGGGUCUAUAAGAUGAGAAUGAUAUUUUACAUGAUAACUAAAUGCUGUGAUGUGGACUGUAGCCCCAUCUGUAGGUCAAAUUGUGGGCCUGUUUGACACUUGACAAAAUACCAGCAAGCUGACAGUAUUACUUGCAGCUUCAUUGUCUUUAUUAGAAGGGUACUCUUGGAGAGAGUUGGCUGCCAAAUAAUGACAUUGGCUGGUCAUAAUAUCAAAAGCUUUAACUUCCUGUCACUUGACAGUGGCCUCUUUGGUUUCAUGAAAACACCUUCAGUGGCAAGUGCAACUCAUAAACCCGAUCACAAGGUUAAAACUCAGCUGCUUAUGUCACCAGUCAGUACUGCGGUUUAAGGUAUUAGUCAUGUUGGGGGCCCACAACAUCACACACACAAAUUUUUUCAAGUCAUUUCUGACAUGAAUUCAAAAAUAACAUAUGGUUACUUGUAGACUAAAACAUUUCAUAAAGGGAUUUUGGUCUUUAGCGGGACUGAUCCGUUUAGAAUGUAAACUAUGUGGUGUUGGGAGGCAAAAAUGUUGCUCAGAGUGGUAACUUUCAAAGAUGUGAUUGUUCCCAUCAUGCUCUAGAAAUUACAGAGUGCUGACUCCAAGUCUCAAGUGACUGACUACACCUCUCCUUAAGACAUCUGUGGCAUUUGUCUACCGAGCCCGCCUGUUAGCUGCAUGUCAUUAGCCCCUCAGACAUGGUUCUAGCAAAGGCACCAUGCCAUGCAUGAAGAAUUGUGGGAAGUGCAGCAGGCAACCCCCCACCCCUCCACCAGUCUGUAGAAAGCUUCUUUAGUACUCUAAACAUGUAGUCUGCAGCUCGUAGGAGACGCAGCUGCUGAAGCCACAGAGAAAACAAACAACACAUGCAUCUCAUUAAUGAUGUCUGGAUUUAUGUAGUGAUGAGGUUUAAUAUGCUUUUUCAUCCCACCUUCACAGGCCAUAAAUUAUCUGAUAAGAUUAUACUCAAAGCACACUGAAGAAAAAAUGAAAGAAUAGACGUAAAGACUUAGACCAAAAAAUAAAUCUAUUUUAAUGGCGCCUCUUAAGUAUUUAAUGUGAAAGAUUUAAAAUUAAAUGUAAUUGUGUUUAUGUAGUAUUUUCUGUGCCUAAGAAGCAGAAGUGACCAACAUACAAAAACAUAGAACUUUCUUUUUCUGCCGUAGUGCUUAAACCUCCAAACUAACCUAAACAUUACUCCUUCCCAGGGUGACAGGAUUUAGCUAGCAUGCUUUGAGCCAAGGAUAAGUGAAGAGAGGAAAGAGCAAGUGCUUUAAAGAGGGCGAGAGAGAAAGAGAGAGAGAGACAGAGAGAGAGACAGAGAGAGAGAGAGCAUAUGUUCAGGAGGGUGGGAGGGUUGGAGAGAGAGAGAGGGAGAGAGAGGCAGAGGACCAGCGGAUGGGUGCUGUGAAAUCCGUUAACAGGGGAGCUCUGUGCAUUUGUUAGACGUUUUGGCGCUUUGCCCAACUUGGCUCAUUGUAAUCGAGGCAUGAUCGUCGACUCAAGGCAGCCCUCUCUGCUGCCACGGCUGCCUCGCGCCUGGACCCAGCCCAGCUCCCACUACUGACAUGGAAAGACCCGUGAGUGCCUACUUCUCCCCUCUCUCUCUCUCUCUCCCUCCUCUCAUCCCACACUCUCCCCAGUAUUAGGUUCCCUCUCUUCCUCUCCUGCUCUGUCGCAGAUUUAGCUGUGGCUACAUGCAGCAUUUAUGUUGUGUCUCUGGCUCUCUCCCUCCCCUGUUUGGAGCUGCUGUAGGUGGCAGGAACGCUGGGUAGAGAGGAAGCCUUGGCAGCUUUCUCUCUGCAGGGCCCCCUCCUCUUCUCUUCUGCUUGCCUGCCUGCCUGUCCAGGCAUGGCUGGCAGACCCACAACGUCUCUGUGUGUUUUGGGGUUUUUCUGCCACACAAUCACAGAUCUGGCCGGCUGAACCCAGAAGGACUCUGCCCCCCACUUUGGUUUAAGGAGACCUGCGUUCACAUCAGACUGCGCCAUCGGUUUUGCUGAGAUUCUGAGACGGCAGCGUGUCUCUCCAUUGCGCCUAUUCUUGGUGGUAUGUCCUCAUGGUCUGUUGUGUUUGGAUACCCUGACAACUAGAAGCUGUGAGGUAGCUGCUCUCCAGUCUGCUGCGCUCUGUGCUCUCUCUGAGUGAGUCACAACUUUUCUCAUGCUCACUAGGUCUUUGCAGGUCUUACACAAGUGCCUUUGGGUUUUUGUUUUACUGAAAGUCUGUGCUGACACUUGGGAAGAUAUCUGAUCUCUACAACACAACCAUCAAAGUGAGACUGUUGAACUCCGGCUACAUCUCAGCUUUAGCCAAUCUCUGCAGCCGAAACAGCAGCAACGAUGGAAAAUAGCUCGAAAGAAUUCCUUGCAGUCCCAAUGUGAUGGUCUUUGUGUGCUUGUUGGCUGUGAGUCAUCAUACUGUUCUGGUAUUAUCACAUAUAAACUGCCCUGACUCUCUUGUCAUCACUGAGAAAACAGUGGAGGAUGACUGACUCACUUUGACACUUCCCUUCGUCAAGAUGGUUUGACCCCUCCGAAUAAUUCAGAGUGUGGAGAAUGCGGAGCUUCAAGCUGAAUUAUGUUUUGCCAUGGCUUCAGCAAGCAUCAUUCGCGACUUUUCUAUUUGACAGCCUUGUGGUCACAUCUACUCAGCUGUGAAUAACAACAGAUGAUGCCAGUGUAGAUCUAGAACUGAGGAAACUGAUUGAGAGAAAGGGAGAGAUCCUUUAAAAAAACAAGACAAAACAAUUGUUGUCUUUUUGAGUUUCAUCUGAAUAACUAAAUAAAGUCGCUGAUGAGAGGAAGACAAAUCCUUUCUUAUGCUUUUUGCAAACAUUAGCCUUAUUACAGUGAUCCGUCUAACAUAUUGAAUUAUAACUUUAUUUUUUCACAUUUUCAAGCUUGAGCUUCAAGCUGGGGGUGUGUAGCAGUAGAAAUGUCAGUAUUCUACAUUUUGUUGCUUGGGGCAUGUGUCUCUAAAAUUAUUUUGCAUCUAUAUGAAGUAGGAGCACCAUGAUAAGACGAGUCCUCAUGUUGGCAUUUCAUAUUUAUCUUUGUUAUUGAAGGAAAAGUUUCCUUGCCACGAGUUUGACACUGCUCCCAUGUAGGGAUGUGUGCAGUCUUUGUAACCAUCAUAAACAUAACUUUAUAUGGCACCUUUAAAAGAAGGGUUUACAAAAUGACAGAUGAGCGAAAGCACAGGAGCACAAAUAUGAAAGCCAAAACACAUCAGAAACACAAGCAGUGACCAACAACAAAAGAAAGAUUUCAGUAACAAGAAAAUCCACCCAAUGAGCCCAAACAGCUUGAAAACCCAUCAUUCAAACCCAAACAAUACAAGGACCCAACAAUGAUGAUCAAGACAGAGAGGAACAAUGACGCAAAAUUAUGUAUGCAAUGAAAAGCAAAACAAUAAAAAGGGAUUCUAGAGCGAUAAAAGCACUAAUAACGACAGAAGAACAAAAAAUUAAGACAGUAGAAUAAAUGAAAACCAUAAAAGCAGUGGAGGAAAUAAGAACAGUAAAACAGAUAAAAGCAUGAAACACAAAAAGCAGGGUGAAAUGAUAAUAAAAGUGAUAGGAACAGAUUAAUACAAAAACAGUAAAUGCAGUAAUCACCAACAAAGAAAGAGCCACAGACGUUUAAAAUGUAUACCUUGUAAAACAUAGUAGGUGACACCACCAAAUGAAGACUUUUCAAUAUCCGAGAAUGGUGGACUGGAAAAUGCCAACUUCACCUAACUAGACACAGCCUGAACACAGACAAAGAGGUGGAGCUGAGACAGACUUUUAACACCCUGGGAAACAGCUACAACAUCUAUGUCCAUCUAUGUGUCAGCACAGCCAUGACCUCAAUUAUGCAGAUUUAUGUUGAAUUCUUCUCAACAAAUGUCUUAUACAAAGAAAUCACCCAUUUAAAUCACCCAGUGUGUGACUGAAUAAAUAACUGAUCAAAAUAUGCCAAACGGUUUUUAGACCAAGCUGUAAACAAUGUAAUGUUCACAGUAAAAAUAAGCUUUCAAACAUUGCUAACUAAUGGGGGUGUCCUUGACUUUUUGAGCCAGCCUCACAUGGACACUGGAGGAACUGCAUGUUUUUGUGCUUCUAUGUUUGCUUCAGUUCUCAGUAAAGAUUGCUGCUUGUAAGAAACGUGGACAUGGGUCUCAGUGAUGACACCUGUCGGUACAUGAAGAUGCGUUUUGAAGCCCAAAGAUGUCAGUCACCAGACUUGAAAUGCUGUCAACGAACUUUAGACUUAUCUAGAAACCGGUGAAGAGAUGGAGUUAUGACCAUUACCCAACCACCUUGCCAACAGCUACAAUGUUCGCACCUGUCACUCAGAUCAGUCAUGCCUCAUGAGCUUAGUUAUGCUCAACACUAAGCUGUAGUUCAAUCUAGAUGAGUUACAAGCUGCACAGAUGUUACAAAUGGAGAAAUGGCCAGUAGGGACCAAACCUCUUUGGUGUGUUGUUCAAGGCUUUACACGUUUCAUUUAGCCAUAAAAAUUAGCAUCCUAUGCAUCCUAGCAUCUAUGGACCUCUACAGUGUGUCAUUCACUUUUGUCCUGAAGUUCUGUUUAUGUACUCAUCUAUGCUAACAAACUGUUAGCUGUAAUCCAAUAAGAUGGAACUCACUUCAGCAUCAUUAGUCAACACUUAGGCAGAAAACAAACAUCUUGCGCAAAAGAUCUUCCUGUUUACUUCAUCUGUCAUAUCAUGUCUCUCCUGUCAUUCACUGGACCUGAACCUCUAGUAAUCCUGUGCCACACUCUACCAAUCCUUGUCUGCACAGGCCCUUUAGUUUGCUCUGCAGCAAAGGGCCAACUCACAUGCACACACACACACACACACACACACACACACACACACACACACACACACACACACACACACACACACACACACACACACACACACACACUCACAUACACACCAAAAAAAGACUACACAGACCAGAUUAGAUACAGAACAUUAAGUUACUGCAGGCUAAAGGAAAUGAGAUCCAUGUUGGAGAAAUGCCAUCCCAUUAUAAUUCUGAAUCAAAUCCUAAUCUUGACUGUUCUGAAUAUCUGUUGACAUUUUCAGCUCGGCAGCUCUCUCGCACAUGUUUGCAGUUGGUACAAUGAGUCUGGGAGAGAGAUUUUCUUGAAAGGCACACCUAAUAGCAGCUCCAUGAGAGCAGACUGGGAUUCUUGGUAUGGAGGCAUGCCGUGCUGACCACAUGGGGAUGUUUAAGAUGCUCUGCAUAUGUAUUCACCCUGUGUAACUGAGCUUCGUAAUGAACGCCCCAUCUGUGCUGGGUGUGUUAUUGUAGCAUAUGCAGUAGUUUGGAAACGCUAGGGCACUUUUUAUUGGCUAACAAUUAAUUUAUUUUUUAAUAUUUGGGCGUUCAAACUUAAGAGUUCCCACAGAAAUAGUCUCACAAAUCAUCAAGUAAUUUUUUUUACCAACCAUAUUAUAUCUGUCAUAAAAUGUUUGCCUGCAAUAUCUGGUCAGAUUUGUAGAUUUUUCAUUUGUGGUUUUUAGUUUGGAUUAGAUUGAUCUUAUUUUUUGAACAGGAUACUGUUGUGUAACUUCAUUAAAGUAGAGCACUUGUAGAACUCUUUUUUUUAUCUUACUGGAUAAAAAUAUUUUUGUCUUACAGUUAGAGGGCAAAAAAAGUACUUUUUUGAAAACUCAGUUAUCUCAUGUGUCUUCUCACAGACGCCCACUGACAUGAUGCCCAAAAGGGAUCAUGAACGGGACCUGGAGCUGGACAAGAAAAUUGAGGCUCUCCGCAGAAAGAAUGAAGCACUCAUGAAAAGGUACAAGGUGAGGACAAAUGCCUGAAGGCAGAAAAGUCUCUUCAGAGUCAAAAGUUUGAGUUAAAAAGAUUUUUUUUUCUUUAAAAACAGCUUGCAGCUCCAUCCGGCUUCCUGAUUAGUUUGUCAUUUUCAUUGAGUUUCUUGUAGGAGGUAGAGGAGGACAAGAAAAGGGCAGAAGAAGAGGGAAUGGCGUUGCAGAGUCGCAAAGGCAAAGCUGAUGAUCUUACCAUCACAAUCAGCAAGUCCACAACUGUGAGUUUUUUUUUAACAUGAGCUGACAGACAGAUAAUUGUGCUUUUUUGUAGAGAGGAUGCUCUGAACUAUAUGAAUAAUUUAAAACUCAGUCUUGUCCUUGGUCAGCAGGAUAAUCGUGUGGUGGUGACAAAACCACUCAGUGGUGGUUCACCAGCUGGGAAAGAACCGCAGGAGGUUGGUCCUGACAGAGGAGGUGAAGCUCCACCGCAGGGUCCUGGGCGAGGCCACAGGACGCAGUUAAUGGUCACCAUGGCUGGUAAAAAGGUAAAUACACUGCAGUGCGGAUUUUCAUCCACAGCAAAUCCAUAUCCAAAUCAAAACAUACAAGUAGACCAAAGUAAUACAUAGAGAGCUAAAGCUGUAGAUUUUAGUUAGAAUAUGUUUAAUGUUGAGACAAUUCUUUAGUGCAUGCUAGAUUUAGGCCUAAAUGUGUGUAAACUACAACCUUCUGAUGAAUUCCUUAAUUUUUUUGUAGUUUUUCUAAAUAGACCAAAUAUACUUGAUCUACAUCCUCUCACUCAAAGCCUCAAAACACUGUAAUAAGAAGUGGGUGCAGCCACCAUGACAUCACCCAUUGGCUUGUAGACUCCCUGUUUGAAGCCUUGAGUCUGGCUUUGGAGCCACCUUGUUUUUUCCUGACCACAAAGAAAAGAGGUUAGAUUUUCAGCUUAUCACUGAGUUAGCUUCACUGUGGCUUAUCAGUUUGCAAGUGGCUCCCUUCUGUUUCUCAGAGUGGUCCCAUCUUUAAUAAUUCACAACUUCAAGCCUUAAUAAAAUCAGAAGUUCCCUCCCUGUUCAGUUUUCAUGAAUGCAGUGGGCUGAAGUAGAGUACAGAUCAAAACAACUUGAUUUGUGCCAGGUUGUAAACAUACCAACACUUUUGCUGUACUGUGUUUUAUAAAAUUGGAAUAAAUUGGGGAUUGAUGCUUUCAGAGCCAGUUCCAAGUGGCCAUUGUAAAAACAGUACCGUAAUUUUUUAGCACCUACAUAUUUAGGAUGCUGCUCAGACAAAGUUUGGGGAUGUAAAGCUGGAAAUUAGCAUCUGCAUGCUACCACCCCAAUGAGCAUUUUUUGGUCUAACAGAGGUCUAAUAGACGUCUAAAUGUAGCGUAGACGACUGGUUGAAAAACCACAGGUCUAAUAAUGAAAGUUUUUUAGACGUCUAAAUUUGGACCAAGUUUAGACUAAAUCUAAAUCUGGGCUGUAUCUAAACUACAUUGUAUAUUGCUCAAUGGCUAUCAUAAUUAUUUUGGUUCAAUACUUGGAUAUCAGUUAUGCAACUCACAGUUGCUUUUUGAAAUAAACAGUUAUAGAAUAAUGGGUUAAAGUGCAACGUCUAAAUUCCAUCUAAAAAUAUACAGAUGGUUGAAAUUAGGUUUAAAAAGACAUCUAAUAGCCGUCUAUUGCUCAGUGGGAUGCUUAAAAUAAAAAUGCUAAAACAGUGUUUAGUGAGUGAUGGUUCACCGACUUACCAUAGUUUUGUGUACAAGAGUACUAAUUGCUGCUAAUUAGUGAGCUUUUUAGCACUAUAACUGAAGUUUAACUGAGGCUUACGGGAAGGUUAAAGAUUUUGGUUGGACCUGAUGAAAAUAUGCAAAAGUUAACCUGCUUGCUGUCCUCCAAAGGUCACCUGGCAUCAUUACUGGAUACUUGGACACACCAUCGAUGCCUGCAAAACCUUUAAUGCUAAUGUAUGCCAAAGUCAUAAACUAAAUGAUACAGUGUGUUGUGUUUAAAGCACUUUUCUUUGUCUUCUGGCCACUGCUAAUAUUUUCACAUUAUCUUUUUUAUUCACAUGUUCUUUUUUAGCAUGCUUGGCUUACCCAUAAAACAUCAAAUAUCUAAAGAAACACAAAGCUGCAUGACUUAAAUACCUCGCUCUGAUUGGUGUUGUAAAUAACAUUAAUAAGUCAGUGUAAUUUUAGGAGAAUGAAAUCACAACAUAACAGGCUGUGAUGAAUCUAAAUGUAGGCUAAACUAUCAUACAAUGAGCAGCCAGCAUCUAGCUCCAAAAUGAGUAACAAGGAUCAUAGAAGGAAAAUUUUGUUAAGGUAACACCUGUGGUUUAUCUGCUCUUCUGCUCAUUCCCCUCAAAAUAAUAUUUUAACAUAAAAUUAUGACUUUUAAUUUAUAUAUUUUUUUCUUAUACACAAAUCAACAACUAACUCUUAUAAAUCUAUGAGUUUAUUCAUGAAAAUGAACUAUGUUUUUCUUGAAAAUCUCUUUUUUUUUCUUUAUGGUGGUCCUUAUUCUGUGACGUGCUUUACACAUGAGAAGUGACUGGCACCCUUGGAUUUAAAUGCACUUUAUAACAGUUAUUAUACUGUAAUAUGAGUACCUUUCUCUCCAGGGUAAGAGGGUGGUAAGCGAGAGGCCAGAGAAUCGGCCAGACCCUGCGGAUGUCAAGACCUCUGCAGAAGACGGACAGGCGAGGCGUGUGGAGUCAGCAGGGAGGGCGAAGCAACAACCUCACAUGACCAAGAGGGAGGCAGCCGCACAGGUCUGAAUCAAACUCUGAGAACGCUCUGGCGAUCGUACCCCUCAGCAUGCACCCUCCGGUCUGCGUCUGCCUCCAUUCCCACACCCCUCUUUGUUCGCUCUCUAGUGCUGCAGCUCAACAUGUUUUACAUACAUGUCAGACAUGUCGACUGGCCACACCCAUCCAGUGAUGAAGCACAAUGGCUUGUGGACAGGAGGUGGAAUGGGGCUUUGACUUACUGGUAUGGGAUUAAAGCUGGGGGCUGCUGAUAGAGCUGUUGGUUAGUAGAUUCUGAGGAGAACCAAACUUAACAAAACAAAAACCUUUUAAAAGCUUUUUAGUUUCUUUCUUUGUAAUUCAGAGUUCUCCCACUCAUAAUCGCUAAUAUGUUUUGUAUUUUCUCCCUCUGAGGCAACAUGAAUAAUCACUCAGCCUCUGACUCUAGAUGCCUCUGGGUGUGUGGAACAGGCUGUGCAGUUCACGGAGUUCCUCAAACACCAUCAAAGAUAGCCGAACGCUGUCAGGUCCUCUCCCAGCAAAAUGCCCUGUUGUUAACUCUAUACUGUAUUGCUCAUGUUCAUGUGCAGAAACACAUAUGCACAUGCACUGCCCUUAGCCAGGCUGCAAAAUGCCACACUGUAACUGACCUUAGGCCCCCCCCCGGGUAUGCAGAAACUCUGAAACAGCUGCUCUGCCUGAGUCAAACGCACACUCUUAUACACACACACAUUCAGACAGAAACAAGCUGCUUGAUUAAUAAGCUGAUACACAGACAGCUGAUCCUCACCACUGUGAAUACAGACAGUCUGAUUGCAGGAGGGGUCUUCAGACACAAAACAAAUGGCUCUUUUGUCUCAGCGUUGUAUGUCUGCAUCUGAUUGGUUGUUUUGUUCUUAGCUUAUGUGCGCUAAAUCUUUGGACUGAGCCGGAUGCUCUCGUGUUUUUAUUUUUGGCUUGCUUGGUUUGUACCCCGUUUUUUUUUACUCAGUGGACUGAACCAGCUCUCUGGUGUCCCAGUCAUCUGUGAAUCCCAAGCCAGAGACCCGGUUUUUCCACGUGGUUGCUGUUUACAUAACCGGUAUCAUUUGACACGCUUCAUGAGAGAGAGAAAGAGUGAGAGAGAGUGUCAUGGAUAUAUCUGGCAAGUAUCAGAGAGGAUUUGCAUGGAGUAAAAUAAAUUGCUCACUGCUACAUGUUUCUUUGUAGCCCUGUCUCUGAAAUAUUUUGAGAGUGAGUGUGUGGAAACAAGUGAUUGUGUGACUGGGGUGUGGUUUUUUGACUGUGUCCCAGGCAGAUUGUAACCCCAUGACUGGGCCGUCUCUCUCUCUCACUCAUGAGAGAGGGUGAGACAGUGGAAAGGAAAUACAAAGGCGAAGAAAAGGGGAAAGAAUCAGAGGGGAAGACAAGGGAAGACACUCCUGGCACCCCACCGCUUGUUUCCAGCCCUUAGUUUCCCUUCUCUGAAACCUUAAGUGGUCGACUCGCCUCUGGCACGAUUGUUUCCCCAUUCCCACCAUCCUGAAAGGGCCAAUUUGAUCUAAUUAACAUUCGACUGCCUUCUCACUCUGAAAAGGCUCAUUAUGCUGCCAAAGUGACGGCUUGGCAAGGUGCCAGGAAGCGGUCAGAGAGGGAGAGGAAGAAAGAGUGAGAGGAGGAAGAAGAAAAGAAGAAGCAAGGUAGUCUGUGGUCUUUUGUGUUUGAGCCAGACAGCAUAGGUGUGUGGGAAGGAGUGUGUAUGUUUAUGUUGUUGUCUGUCCGUGUGAUGGAGCACUCUGUUCAGUAUUUAUUUUCUUUUUACCCCUCUUGGCUGUUCAUUCAAGUGUUGCUGUUUAUGGCGACAUGACUCAUCCACUGUGUUCAUCGAAGCCAGUCGCUGCGGGCAGAAAUACACAAGAACCAAAAUUCACACAUUUUUAUACCUUUGAUAAGAUGAGUAGGAUUUUCUAACCUGUCACAGUUCAACCUGUAGUUGGCGCUCUGUUUUGAUGACCUCAUCGCAGAGUGAACCUUUACAACUACAGGUGCCAAUAUACCAUAGCACCAUUAGUUCACUAGAGGGCAGUGUUGGCUUCUUAAUCCAGCAGAUGAGUCUGCGCUCGUUCUUGAUUUACUUUGAUGUCAAUGGCAGCAGUAACACCAGUCUUUACAACCAUUUUUAAUUGGCUCACAACAAGCUGCUGUGUCAUCCUUAAUGCUGCUGUGCUCAAUCUUUCUUUUUUAUUUGUCCUUCUCUGUGACAGGAGGAUGUUAAAGAAGGGCAGAGUCACACUGAGGAGCAGCACGGGCUUUCAGAGCAGGUAAUACACACCUAAAAACAAACCAUGUCAACAUUUACAUUUUUACUCCUAAGCUAACAGAAUUCAGAAUCAAAACAUCUCAUUUGCCUAAUGGUUAAAUCUUCAGCUCAUUAAGUUCAUAAUGUAUACUAACAGGGUUUUAAUAAGACAACCUCAAAAUCACAAAGAAAUGCAAAUCCCCCCACUUCAAACAUUCACAUGCAGACAGGAACAACACACAGCACAAACACACUCCCUCCUACCCCACAGCCUGUCCCCAUCUGCCUUUAGCAGGCUCACGUGUAAACAUUGCUGGAGACGCUCAGAGCUGUCUCAGAUCAAGUAUGCGAUAAACAGACUAACAUGGGGAGGCAGAGGGGAGGUACGGGCUCCAAAGACUCCACCGAAUACUGUAUGUCACAUGACAAGCAAGGCUGUUCAUUCCUCUCUGUGCUGUUCCCGCUUGCAGCCUAUUCAAGGAAACAUCACACUGAGUUAGUAUUUAUGAGGUGUUGUGUAAGGGUAGGAGGUCACAGCGUUCAGCUUUGUUCACUGUUUUGGUUAACAAAUACCCCGAAGAGGUCUUGUGGCAAUUCCAGGCCCGGUGUAGACAAUCUCUGGAGGGAAGGAGAGGGGAGCAGUUUGACAGUCGAGUAAAAGAGCACAGUCCUUCUGGUUUGACAUCCACCAAGAUAUCAUCAAAUCAAUACAGGAGGAUAAUAUUCAUGUUUUAACAACACACGGAUGCCAAGAAACAAGUUUAAAAUGAUAUGACUUGAUGAGUCAUGAUUAAAAAUGACUUUUUUUGUCCACUAGAUGGUGAAUGGAGUUGUUUCCUCUUGAGUUCGUCAAGAUAGUUUGGAAGUUGAUUGAAACAAAGAUAGAGCAAUCACUUCUUAUUACUGCAUCUUUUAGUUAUCUAAGAUUUGGUUUAAACACUUAUUUCCUGUAAAUCUCCCAGCCUCAAAAGGGGAACAACAUUUUUCUUAAAUAGAUGCAUCUAAUAAGAUGAAAUCAAUGUAAUAGUAUUGUAGAUAGCAUUUGUUUUAAUGAACUAGAAGUUUGUUGCGACUCAUUUAUUGUUUCAAUGACGCUUUGAUUUAAUCUGUUUGCUUGACAGUCUCAUAUAUUGUACAAGCCACUAAAGGGUCUGGAUAGUCUAAAUCCCCUUCCUUCUUUAACAAAUAAAACAGAUGUAAUAAUAUAUUCUGUUAGGGAUGUCAUUUAUAGUGCUAAACAAAUGGUGAAAUAGAUGAUCACAGUCAUAGUACAGCAAUGAUGUAUCCUUUUGUAACUGAGAUAUUUGGAAAAAUCUUGUUUGUCCUGCUGUCUCUUCACUCUGUGGAGUCCAACUGUGUGUCACAUCCACCUCACCUGCCUCGCAACCCGACAACCCCGCCCCUAAAGGCCUGGGGGAGGUGAAAAAUUGAAAAGUGCUAAUUAGCAGAGCAGCCAGGCUGGCAGCAGCACUCGGCCUGUUGAAACAUGCGGAGACACUCUCCCGUGUGGACCCUCAGUGUCCUUCGAGGGGCCCGAGGAGAGGGAGGAGGGAAGAGGUGGAAAACAGAGAGAUGAGCACAGAUGCCAUGCUCACUGGUAACUGUACUGAGGAGGCAACAUGUUUACUUGACUGUGAUUGGUUCACACCUGAGAGGAAAACAUCACCCAUCUGAGUUUCUAAUCCAUGCCUACUGCUGUUUUUCUCUCUGUAUGACAUAAUGUGCAGAGUAGUGUGUAGCAUUUCCUCUCUCAGUCCAAAACCUCACAAAAAUGUCUCUUUGCUAGCGCUGUUGUCCCCUCUGCUGUAUAAAAACAAACAAGACACAAUAAGCAGUCUCUCCCUGUUGUUUUUUUACAUGUUUUCCCUCAGAGCACGGCAGUGUUUGUAGUGCAGGUCUGCUCCAGAGCGUUUGUUACAAGAGCACAGCCUCUGCAUCCUUUGAUGUGUUAAAGAGCCAGCAUCAGGUCACCUUUUAGUAUUAACAAGCUCUACUUUCUGCUCAUCACAUCAAUAAGCAGGUGACGGGGAGAAGAGAGGAAGGAGGCCUCACCAGAUUUAAUGGACACAGCACUUUUCCUGGAAGUGUCCCAGAGGAGUGUGUUGUGUUGUUUGCAGCUUUAGUGUUAGACAAACAAUAAGCUCUUAUGGUAAUACGAGAGGAACUGACUGAAAUGAGUCAACACCCACAAGUCCUCUUUGUGUUUAGACUGAGGCAUUGAUUGGCGUGUUCAGUAAUGUAGAAGGAUUGAAACUUCAUUGUUUGUUCCUCUAUUGAACCCUCUAUAUUUGAACCCCUUUUCUUUUCUUUUAUUUGCAUUUUUUAACCAUAACAGAAACAAGACAUACAGUCAUACAGUCAUACAAAGAAAAAUAUAAAUAAAAACAAACACAAAACAUGGUGUCAUUCAUAGAGAAGAAAAGAAAAUUGUCCAUGUAGCCUCCAUCAAACUUGUCCAUUUUUUAAGUCAUGUGAAGAGAUUUAUAUUUAUUCCAUUUUCCCACUUUCAGGUGUUUGUUUCUUGCUGGAGUUGUAAAGCGUGUGUAAGUUUCUCCUUUUCGUAUAGUUCUUCCACCAUGUCCAGACAGUUUUUCUGAUUUGGUGGGUUCUCCUUACACCAAUUCCUUAUAAUGGGCUUCUUUGAUGCUGCAAGUAGUAUUUCUGUCUUUGGUUUGUAUGUUUUCCUGCGUAAGAUUGCCCAGGUAACAUUACCUCAAAGGUCACAGGGAGCUCGUAACCUAGUAUUUUUCUUAUUCCCUGGCUUAUUUCUUCCCAGUAGUUUUAUAUUUUCUUGCAGCACCGAAAGAUAUGGGGUAUGGCCAACAUCCUCAACCUUUUUCUGAUUAAGGAUGUGUUUGGAGUGAAGAAGCUGGUCUUGUUUAUUUGAGGCUGUUGCUCUGAUUAGCAUGUGGAGUUAGUAAUGUGUAGACACUCCCAUGAUUUAUAUAAAUAUUAAAAAAAAUCUUGUUAUUGUUAUUAUGAUGGAAUAAAUCAAACUGACCUGUUUUGUGUUUAAUAAGGAGCCGGAAAGCCCACAGGCUUGCACAGAUCUCAACAUCCCCACAUCGAAAGAGGAGCAGGAGGAGUAUCUGCGGUGGAAGAAAGAGCGCGAGCAGAUCGACAGGGAGAGAGUGGCUCGCCACAAAAACGCUAAGGGCCAGUGGAGACGGGCAUGGGAUAUGGACAAAACUGAGAACAUGUAAGACUUCCGAGCAGCACUCAGCCUCCCUCGGGUAUAUAUAAUCUGCUGACGUCUCACGCUCUGUCAUAGUUACAGUGAUAACUUUAUUUAUGAAGCAGCUUUGAAACAGAGUUAUAGAAGUGCUAGGCCAGACAUAGCAGGUUAAUUUAAGAACAGAAGCCCAGACUCUGAAGUCAAAUACAAGCUGAAAAGAUUAGUUAGGAUAAAAAUAAAAAGCACAAAAAAGCAAGUUUAUUUAAAGGGGGCUUUAAGAAAUGAUACUAAAGGAGACAGUGAUUGCAUGGUCAUGUACAUUUUUAUCUUUUUCCUUUUACUCAGAUUGGGAGAAUCCUUCUUUUGUAGUCUGUCUUUGACCAUGAAAUGUUCAUUCUGCCAAUUAAAUUUAAUCAGCCUCACAUGUUCUUCACAUGAAGGUCCAAGCAGUAUGAGCAGAAAGUCUUCAAUCCUCUUAUUUCCUGUAGUAUCAUUGCAAACGGUCUGUUCUGAAUAAUAUGCUUAAAUACUCUCUUCUCCUGAUGCCACUCUUAUGCCUGUAGGCCAGACGCUGUUAGUGUAGCUAAUUCAGGCACAAAGUAAAGGGUAAAAACUGGGAACUUCAGGCAUGAUCACGUACAAAGAUUAUGAAAUAAAUCCACACAAGUGUCUCUUAAAGCAACAGAAGCACACGAGCAGAGUUUAAAAAAAAUGACGAUUUUUGAUACACGGGUAAUUCUCAUUACCUUUGUAUCGUACUCUCAUUUUAUUUCUGUUUGUGGGCACACCAGAGAUUGUGGACCCCAUGAAAGUAUCACACUUGGCCCAAAUGCUUCACUUUCACAAAUGUUAGAAUAUUUUUAGUGCCUACCUACAAAGAGUCUCUGAGUAUCCAUCUUUUAAACUCACUCAGUGCAAGAAGGUCAAUAAAAAGACUUCAGAGGAGGAUUGUUUGCCAUAGUGCUCAUGCAGAUAUGUUAGUACACACUGUAACAUUUUUUUGGUGUCUGUGAGGCAGCACACUUAAUCAGCUUUUCCCCUGACUAGCUUGCAGUUAUUUUUAUCACUGGGUUGUUUCUUCUGUCCUUUUUCCUGUAUUUUUGAAGUCAGUGAAAAGUUUUAUUCACUUGAGAAACUGAUGUAGAUAAGAAAGAAGAUGACCUUGAAGAACAGCCUGUUUCUUUCUCGUAGGAUUAUUGGCAUUACAAUCCAUUUGAUAAGGUUUCUGGAGCACAUGAUCACAAGACUGAAUAAAGUCACAGGACGUUAAUGAUUGCAUAAUCAUAUAGUGACUUCAAGGCAAUUGUAUAACUGUACCAGCAGGUUUUAAUAGCAUAUUACUAUAACUUGUGUCCUUAUAUUCUGAAGUUUGUUUCACAUUUACGGCCCAUUUAUUUAAAGUGUAUGAUAGAUGUUUAACAAACCAGCUUUGAGCACAAAUUGCCAAACUGCAGAGUAAAUUAUUGUGCCGUUUGAGGAAGCAUCAAAAUGUAAAGAGACAAAGGAGGAGCGGUUAUUUUUAUCUUGGGAUAAGGAAUGGAAUUCCUUACCUUAUUUGGUGAGGCUUAAACAAGGGCCUGGAGUAAGAAUAGAAGAGGAAAUGUGUUUUUGAUUCAACAAUUUAGAUUGUAUCGCUGGCCGUAAAAAUGCAAGGAAGUGACUUAUGAGGCACAAACCUCUUCCUGAUUCUGCAGAAGUCCGAUUUUACACCCGUUUUUAAUGUACUAUGAGGAUACUUGAAUGUCAGAAGAGCUUGUUGAUGUGGGUGUAGAGGGGCUAUUAUGUCAUCAGAACUAAAAGUAAUACAUUAGACAUGAGCAAGACGCAUGACCUGCUGUGUGAUUCUGUCUAAAGUGAACCUCUGCUUUUAGGUUUUCAGGCAAAACCCUUCCUGAUAGAGACUGGGGGCCUUCAAACAGAGGUGGGACAUCAUCUCAUGAAUCUCAGAGCAUGAAGACAAAAUUGACCAAAUUAUGUGCUUCAUUUUAUCAUUGACUUUUUCCCUUAAAGACUAACCAAUGUUUCACUAUCCUAGGAGGAAGAAAUGCUAGAAGAGGACAAUCUAGGGCAGGCACUAACUCAAAAGGUAUCCCACAAUGAUAGUAAAGUAGCUGUCUUAGGGUUAAUGUCACAAUAUUUUGUAUAUUUACAAUGGUUCUUUUGACAGAAAAUGUCAUAAUUGUGACUUGAACUGUAAGUUUUCUUUUGUCGCAGGUCAUGAUAAGAGGGGCAAAGACAAGGGAGCAAAAAAUGUGCCAGUCAUGAGCAGUAAAGCAAAAGGCAUAGAUCGUCUGACUGGGAGAGCCAGGAGGUAAGAAACAGCGAAAACUAAUCUACAGUGAGGCCACUGAACAUCCAGUUGACCAGCCAGCUGAUGGGGGAAUUAAUUAAGAAUGGGUUGUGGACACUGAUUGAGUUAUGCAUUAUUUGUCCCUGUUGUCAACUCUGUCUCUGAGGAUUUUAAAUUGCAAAAACACUCACGAAGUUCAGCGUUUUGACAAAGAUAGAUUACAACUCAAUGUAUGAUGAGACAGAACCCCCUUUUCAUUUUUUUGUGGAGUCAAUUCAUGACAAAGUUAGCUGACUACAUCCAGCGGACUUCUUGCAGGGCAUUGGCGAAAAUGUUCCCAGCAUUCUGGAAAAAAAAUUAAACCCAUGAAAAAGAAAAGUGCUGUUGAAGUAAGCGGCUCUGUUAGUGUGGUGUGUUGGUGAGUUACAUUUUCUUUUUGCAGUGAGGCUGACUUUUGCAUAAAAAGUGGUAUAUUUUGCUCCAAAUGAAUUCAUAACGGCUCAUUUCAACAGCGUGCAAGCAACACUGACACUGUUUGUUCAGCUGUGCAGUUUAUGGAGGGUUAAACCUGCGCGUGCUUUGGGAAUUUAAAGUCUUCUCAGUUCAUUUGCACAGGUUUAGCCUCACAAUCCUUUUGUGAAUCAGGCCUCGAGUCUCUCUCACCAAAUGUCAUUAGAAAACAUUUGAUCAAAAUACAUCAAAUGAGGAAGGCAUGUUGUCGUUCUUACAGAGAUUUCAUUUUAAAGUCUUGGAGGUUUCACAACAUUUAUUCUUGUCCUUCUAUUCCUCUCUUGUGAAAAAAGCCUCUGUGUUGUGCAGUGAGGACGCUUUCAGGGUGUGUUAUUACAUAAGCGUUGGCGCACAGAAAACUAAAAACCACAAGGCCAAUGACCUGGAAAACGCAGAUUUAUAGACUUCCAGUGUGUAACUUCUAUGUCCCAGAUGAUUUUCUCUUUAUGUGUGUCUCUGGGGGGCGGAUUGAAGGGAAAGGUACGGUUCAAAACAGCAGCCAGGUGAGUGCUGACAGGCUCUUGUUCUCAGGUUGUGCUGAGGCCUCAGCUGCCAAUGGGUAUCAGUGCAGCAAGAGUCAGUCCAUGGCCAUUAUUCAGAUCAUUGCUAGUCAGAGCUUAGGUACCUGCUGCUCUCUUCCCCCACAUAUCCCUUUGUUCCUUUGUCUCUCCAUCUCUUGCUUGUCUAUGCAGUUUCAAAGAAUUAUUCUAUAUUUGGGAAGUGCAUGUGGGAUUACGUUGAGUGAACCAUCAGUUAUGCAAAAAUGAAUCCCACCACCAUAAGACCCAUUUAUUGCCUGGAUACUCACUAUAGAUUCAAACAAAUCGACACAAAAUCCUGAUCCAAAGAUGAUAUCAUUAAUUUGAAAAUGAUUUAUUUAUAGAGGGUUUUAAAAAGACGCUCAGAUUCCACAGUUGGAUGGGCCUCCAUGGCAACAGCUUUCUUAUCAGCCAUCCAAUGUGUUAAAUUCACAUUAGACUGAAGAUUUCCAUUCGGAGUAAAGUCUAAACAUGAGCUUUUUUUUCCUGUUUGCACUCUAAGCAGAUGCAGAAAGUAAUAGCAGCACUUAAGGCUCUCUCCCCCUGAACUUUUUAAACUCUGACAUUUUUUACUCACUCAGUCCUGAAGCCAUUACCUCAUUUUCUAAUGGUUGCUCCUCGUGGGUCUUCACUAAUUUUCUGCUCUGUUUUCGCUCAUCACUCAUGACUGAUCAGACAUCAACCAUAAACUUUUUUUUACAGGUAAUAUUAAAAAGAAACCAUUCACAUUAUUUAGCCUGAUGAUAUGACAUACUAAUAAAUAUAAAACAGCUUGUCAUAACUUUAAAUGCCAACGUAUUUUGUUGAACAAGGAGGGAGAUGAAAUGAUUCAGAAACUCCUUUACAUACUGGAGCUACCCUUGUUACAGAGUUCACUAUCGUUAUAUUGUUUUAGGGCUUUGACCAAUAAGAAUUAAGUAGUUACUACAGCUGGGAGAGACCUAUGUUAUGAAAUACAAAUACAUAAAAUGUAACUUUACACAUGAGUUUAAGGAGUUUAAAUUUUAUGCAGUAUUAAGAAGGUAAAUGGGAAAGUACACAUUUUUCCCUUUUUUUCAUUUUGAAAGGGAUUGUUUUUGUUGUUUGAUGCUAUGAGGGAUCAUUGUUUUUGUACUGAAGAAGCUGAACACAUAUAAAAUGUCCUUUAAGGAAACAGGGGUGUCAGUCCCCCUGUUUCCUAUCUCUAUGCUAAAUCUAGCUGGCCUAGCUGGCUGAUGGCUAUAGCUUGAUUUUUACUGUAUUAAUAUAACAGGGGUAGCCAUCCUCUCCAACUUUCAACAACAAAGUAAAUACAGUAUGUCUGAACUGAUGGGCUUUUUUAUCAGAUUUAUCCUUGCUUGUUUUUUAAAAAAACUUUUUCAGCUGAGCAGCUCUCAAUUAUGAAACUCUUUUUUUUCAGAUGGCAGGCAAAUGAAGAAGGAGAGAGCCAACUGGUGAGCUAACAAAAUUGUGUGUAUGAAAUGGUUUGACAAGUGUUAUUAAAGAAGCAUAAACAACAACAUUUUUCUUGUCUCAUCCACCAGACCCCUGACACGACAUUAGAAGAAUUCCUAGAGGAACUCGACGCCCUCACAGAUCCUGAAGUGGAGGAUCCAAGGGAUCAGGACUUAAAGACAAAGCUGUCUCCUAGCCCUGAUUUACUAAAUACAUCAGAGUCUGUGUCAGCUGCAGUCCUGAGAGAGGACACCCCCACUGAGGGGAGGCCAGAGGCUUCAUCCCCUCGGGGAUCAGAGAAGAAAGUACGCUUCUCAGAGGAACUCAUCCUGGGGGCUCACACAAGGCAAACCUCGGGCUCUCAGGACUCUCUUGGCUCAGAAUCAAGAAGUUCGAGCUCUCUAAAAGCUUCCUCGCCUAAGAAACAAGUACAUAAAGCGCAGGGACCUGAGCAGCCUCUUGAAAGUGCCAUGCAGGAUGAUGGCUGCCUUCAUCAUGAGGAAGGUGGUCUGGCUCCUGUUGCCCAGCAAAAGGCCCCUGCAAUUGAAAGUACAAAUAUGGACACCACUCUCCCCACAGAUCCCAGCAUCCUGUCUCCUGAAAAAGCCUGUGCCUCCUUACAGGACAGCUGUGUCCAGCCUGUAGAGCUAGCAAAGUGCAACAUCAGCAACACAAACACAGGUAUGUAGUACAUGCAGAAACUGUUCAUUCUUUUCUGGAUGAACAUCUAGAUGCCAAACACAAAAUAUAAGCAUAUUUUUAUGUCUUUUUUUAAAUAGAGGAACUUAUAGACUCCGGACUGUCUGUCCUGAGUCUGGAGUCAGGAGAAACACACCCAACACACUCAACCAGCAGCGACAAGGUCAGUUUGAGAGGGAAGGAGGGCUGAGAGAAUCGAUAGAUAUGUAAAUGGACUAGUGAACGAAAGUGCAAAUGGAUGAUGAGUUUAAUAGAUAAAGAGACAGGCAGUAUCCCUGCACAGCUGCUGCGUAAUAUCCAAUUUGCUUUAAAGCAGAUUCACAACCUAUGAGGCCUGCUGGAGUGCAGGAGAAUUAGUCUCAUGAGGAAACGUGUUUUCAUCUCAUGCGCAGCUGAAGCAGCACGAUAAUAUAUGUAACUGCCUGCUUAAAUCAUUCAUGAAGAAAAGAAAGCAAUUGGCCUGGAGAUGGAUAAAUGGAUGUGUGAAUACUACAACAGAAAUCAGCUGUAACUUACAUGCUUCUUUUUCUUGUUUUUUUUUUUCAGGCAAGAGAGCAUGGGAAGAUAGUUUGAUUGGCAUUUUUCUGGAUUAAACACUGAAACCAAAUUACAGCAACACAGAGCAUUGCUUCUCUGUUUCUGGAUGCAUCGUGUUAUUCAAAUAGCUCAUUUGAGAUGUCUCUAUUUGUAUAAAAAGCACCAUGUCUUGUUCUUUUCUGUGGCAUGUCCAAUCUGUUGAACUUUUCAGAAAAGUUAAACAUAGGAAGGACAAAUGUUUUACCCUGCUGACACAUUGUUUUAUCCAAGCACUUUAUGAGUUUAAAGUAUGUGUCCUGACACAAUACUCCGAAAAGAAGUGUGCUACUUGAGUGCAAUAUCUCUGAAUGUUUACAUUUGUUUAGACAUUUCAAGUCGGCUAGCUCGUCAGUAACACUUCUGUAGCCCUUGAAAAUGAACGUCAGCCACAGUCAAAUGAUUGAAUUGCUGAUUUUGCCUUAGAUGUGUUUCCACAUGCGAUGAAGUCUGUAUCAAAUGCGAUAACAUCUGUGAUGGACAAACAGUAGAGUCUAUAUUUCUAGACUUAAAAAUUUGAGAAAUGAUUAUUAAUUAACUGCUACCAGCGUUGGUCGACCACCGUCCACUAAUCAUAAAGUAAUACAUGAAUGUUCUGCACAUUUAAGACUUGUUGGUUGAUAAAACCAGCCAACAUUGAGGACAAGUUUUUGAAAUAUUACUACUGAAAAAAACAGGUUUUUGUUCUACUAAACGGACAACCCAUUGAUUUCAUGUACGGUAUUCAGCUUAGAUUACACGGUAGUACAGCAUUAUUCUAACUACAAGCAGAAACAAGACAGUCAAAGUUUAACAAAGCCACUUGCAGAACUAAAACAUAUUUUUUCAUCCAUUAAAAUUUUGCUUUUGUUAAAAGCCCUAAAUGAUGACAACCUCCAACCUUUUUAGAGUUGUUUGGCCUCUGUGGGACUGACACAAGAGAUGUUGAUAAUAAGUCGUCUACGUCCAUGUGGGCAAGCUUUUUGUCCACGAUCGAAAUGCUGCAAGUCCUUGUUUGUUUUGUUAUAUUUUGUCUUUUUUAAUAAUGAAAUACAACUAAUAUUUUUGAAAAGAUUCAUCACUUAGGAUUUAGACAGUUUUGUGCCUUGCAUAUUGCCUUGUUAAUAUACUGAGGGUGUGCAUAUGUCCAUGUCAUUGUAUCAUAACAUGCCGUGGUGUUAAAUGUACUGUACUAACAGUGCAGCCUCAGUAUGGAUUUAUUUAUUUGCCUCUCCUUUAAGACAACAGAAUGUUAACCAGGUUGUUUCUCUAAAACUCUUCUAAAACAACGUCCAAGUGCAUUAUAGUAGCUACAUACUUCUGUGACAUGUACUGUUCUGAUCUUAUUUAUUGCUGUCUAUAAUUGUAUUUUUCAGUAUCAAGGAACAACUGUGAUAAAGAAGGCUUGAUGUGAUAAGAACUCAAGGAAGGUUUUGGUUUUCAUCAAUGCUACAGGAUAGUUAACAGUUAUGUAACCGCCUCCGAGAACAUUAGUGGAUGUGCUCUGAGCUGUGGGGCCUUGUUAGCUUUUACUGUGGUUUCAUUUAAUACAAAACACCAGGAAACCAAGAGGACAGUCACAAGAUUUACAGACAGUCAAACAAACAUCCAGAACAUGUGUCUAAUGGGACUUUAUGCUGUAUCAAACAUGUUCUUAUUUAUGGUAAUUGAAAAAAUCUCUCUUGAAAUGUUUUAAAUUUCAUGUGGGAUUAAAUUUAGUGAAAUGAAAUCUAGGACCUAAAACCAGGAAGCAUUUGUACAUUUGUUCUUGUCAAGCAUUCAGCUUUUAGACAUCUGCAUAAUCACUCUACUUGAAUGUCAGAUUUAAGAGGUGCCUGUUGUUUUUGCUCCCCCUGGGUGUCUGCUGCUGUCCUCCAUGUUUUUACACACACUCACAAGAACUAUUUAACAGUGAGUGCCUGUGUAUGACUGUGUUUUAAGGUAUGACUAAAUUCAGACUGAUCACCUGGUUUAAAUCUGUUUGCAAAACUGCAUCUUUUACUGUAGAAGAAUUUGGACGGAGGCUGAAGAACAUCAAUAAAUUUCUCUGUAUUUCAAAGCCUUA